ACUCAGUAAUUUGUUUGGCAAGAGCCUCUGAUCCAAACAAAAUCCCUGAAGCAAUCGACGUGACGACUUGGAGUUUGACUUCGGUUUAAAUAAUGCUACUGCAAUGGUGUACGCUCAGUCCUGCAGGCCCGUCCAAGCUCUCUGCUAUCAGAUUCUCGUCACCAAGCAGAGUACAUUCGAUCAAGAUAUUUCCCACAGACGUGCAACCCUUUGGUCAGUGUCCAGACAUCAUCGCCCGCACAGAACCAGAAGCAUUCUUUCUUGAUGUAUAUUUCAAUGCCUACCCCGUGGGCUCACCGGUGGACGCGAAGCAAAAGCUCAAGGCACCUAAUGCACUCAUGCCAACCGUCAUCCCAUACGCAGGUGGUAUAGUGGAAUAUGCAGUGAACAUGGGCUCUGAGUUCGCGACUCGUUUAAUGAUUGUACGUGGAGACUUUGAAACAGUAUCAAUGGCAAUAUACGGCGAUGUCGUUUCAGAUAGCCCACCCAAGUCAACUACUUAUUCUCCCCUCUCCCUACCCACCCAUUCCUCUGUUCCCCUCGUGCCUGCCUUAGAUGCUGCAAAGAGUAACGACCCAACCGCUCUUGCGAGGAAUCUGCUGGCACUAAUUCCCAAUGCGCCCUCCCUUUCCCUCGUCAUCCGCCUUAUGUUCUGCCUCAAGCAACCUAAUGAUGACUGGGAGCUCCCGGAAUUUCCGCAUCUUUACUCCGACCUGAACGAGGAAGAAAUGGAUAUCGAUUUAGAUACUGCGUUCCGAUCUUUGAGUCGUCCUGUGGUGGAUGACAUUUCAUCAGAGCAAUUGCAUCGGUUUGCAAGGAAAGUCUCAGAGGCCGUCGGUCCCAGGGACGAUGCACAAUCAUAUCUCAUUGCAGGCAUUCUCUCUCGCUCUGCUUCGCAGACUCCUGAGUUUGCACAGGCUUUGAUGCAAGCGCUCGAACUUGAGACGAUAUUUGACCCAUCAACUUUGGAUGAAGAGGCUUUACUCACACUUCUGGAUGCAACAACAAAUCCAGAUAUAUCGCGGUUGUUGAAGGCGUCGUGGUUUCUUAAUGUCCUACGAGCUGUCCUUGCGCUGCCGACAGUGACCCCCGAGAUGAAGAAGGCUUGUCGACGGUUAAGUGAUCGGGUAGGAUCGUGGACAGUCUUUGAUCAAGCGCUAUCCGGGGUUCCAGAUGCAGAUUACACCAGGGCAGCACUGUUUCUAAAGGACAUUGGAAAGGAGGAAAAGAGUUUCGGCAUAUGGCUGUCGUGUAUCACCACUCAUGAGGACCUUCUUGCGAAGAUCAAAGAUGCACCUGCAUACGAGGGCGUGUAUCCGCCAGAUUUGAUGUCCGGCUUGAACCCUUCUGAGGAUAUAUCCCAUUCGGAGUUCAUGGCGUUCGUUAGGGCAUAUGUUGGAGUUGCUUCAGUGCUAGCUGUGUACGCCUGGUCGGACAGUCUUCCAAAUUUACAUUGUCGCGAGCGCACUCUGGGUGUUUUGCGCUUGUGGCAGGAAAUUCCUGGAUAUCGUGCGAUCAUCUCCCCCCUACUACUUCUACCCCAAAUGACCUUCCGCCUGGAAUGCAUGACAACUGAUAAUGACCCACCCAUAACUGCAGGGAUCAACGCUGAGUCCCUUCUUUACGCACUUGCAGCCAACCCGCAAAGUUUCCUCAAUCCUGAUUUCGUUCGCUGCGUGAGGAGCUGGGAGCCAUGGAGCUUAACAUGGAUCAACGAGCGCGAACGAGCAGACAUAGAGCGCGCCGCCAAAAUCGCAGCCAAAGGCGUUGGUGGAGCCGUAGAAGAACUCGUUGCGUUUGCAAAAGAAGGUCACGACGCAAUUUUGGAUCAAGGCAGGAUACGGGCUCUUAGGGUUGCUGUGGCUGUCAUCAUGCACACGCUAGAGGAUAAUACCGAGAGCGGAACCAAAUGUGGCGACUGGACGGUGUUGGAGGCUGUGUGGGGUGAACAUACGCAUGGACUUUUGAAUUAUGCCAUCGAUGUGUUUACUCGUAUCAGCGUGGGGGUGAAGCAAGGGUUCUCAUUGACGCCUUCUCCAUCACUUACGAUUGGUCUUGAACCACUCUUACUCGUGACGAACGAGAGCCUCCUCCUCAUUGCGAGCUUAUAUGCAUUCUCCAUUACCACAAGCCGUGCAGUCCGGAUGCUCGUGAGCGGCGUUUUGGAUAUGUACAGCUGUGCUGAUGUCGCAUCCCACGAAUCUGUCGCAAACAGCGCAGUACGGGACGCCGCACUCCUUACCAAACAUACCUGCGCCAACGUACUCUGUGCGUUUUCAAGGAACUUGCAAGAUCAAUCCAAGUGUGGCCUAUCUAUAGUUCUCCGCAUGCUCUUUGAACAGGGGCUCCAUUUUGAUAAUGUCGAUCCUACGAGAAGACUUUUGAGUGCUUUUUACCUGGUCCUUCGAGUUCUAGCAGAUGAUGGAGACCUACCCGUGGGCUGGAUGUCCAUUGUCAUUCCUCAAAUUCUAACUCCCCUCACACUCUUCUUCCGUCAUCUCGAACCCGCGCACAAGGUCCAGCUGGUCCAGCGACUUGUCAACCUCGACCGGGGUGUGUUGGGGCUGGGUGACUUCCUCAUCCAAGGGGAGGUGAAGAGACUCGCUGGUCUUCUGAAGGUGAUGGCCGAGAGAGGGGUUGUCACGCAGUGGGAAGUGGGCGCAGGACUCGAGUUUGUGGCAGGGCUCAUAGAAGGUGAAGACGGCGACUGGUGUAUAUCCUCAUUAUACCAAUCGGAGUGGGGAACCGUUAUGACCGGCUUACUCGAAGCCAGCCUCUAUUCAAGACAUCUUGGAAUGAUUGCCGGGCGGUUAGCUGAGAAUCCAGAGUCCCUAGGGAUCGAGCUCAGGCUUUCUGUCGUUGCUGUACUCUUGCGCGGUGUGCAGGUGCAAGAGCCGAGCGUACGCAGGAUGAACGCCUUCGGCUUGAUCUCUGCUGUCCUCGAGACGACCGACGAGAAAGACAGGGAUCCCGAACGGCUGCUCUGGGAAGUAGGACACGCACUCGGCGCAAUAGUAGAAUCAACCGACAACCUCUCCUCCCUCGACUCCGAGAGCGUCGUCAACACGCUCCUACUCCUCGAUUCUCCCUCCCAAUCCGAUCUCCACGGGCUCACCUCCGAGCAAUGGGUCAAGCUAUGCACCCACUUGGAAACAUCGUUACCACCCAACAUGCUCCCUAUGCUCCCCAUCAUCAAAGGCUUCCAUCCCUUCCCAUCCCCGCCACCAACAAUCUCAUUCCUCCCAUCGACCCUCACGAUGCCCCUUUGCGACCUGAUUUCGCUCCUUCAACCACCACCACCCCUACCCAGCACUCCACCACCAAAGCGCAAAUCACCCAGCCAAGACGUCCUAGGCCUCGUGGCUAUCUCCCCACCAACAGCAGUACUGCGCUCGCCAGCUGUUACGGGUCUCACAAAGACGUAUACACGGAAUGAUUUUCGCGAGUUGAGGCAGUUACCGAGUGCAAGGCAGAAUACGAGUAGGUUGCCGAGUAUGCAUGUUGAUGAUUUCCUCCAGGUCGAAAUGUCAUCUUCACCACUCGUUCAACCUGUAGCGCCUUCGGGAGAUAUGCUGAAUCUUUCCCCAUCGUUUAACAUGGGACAAGAGAAUGGGUACAUUUAGAAUUUGGAAAUGUUGUUGUCGUCGUCGUUGUCCUUGUUGCUUUGGAUUUGAGUCGGAUCACAUUGCGUGCGUGCGGUACAUUGUCCUUGUCCUAGUUCUUUGUUCU